AUGGCUACCCACAUCGACAGGGAGGCUACGACCCCAUUCUUGUUAAGACUGUUUUAUAAACAAGGAUCUUACCACAGGCUCGAUGAGUUCGAUCCAACACUCCCACGCUUGCCCACUCACCUCCAAAUAUACACAUGGCAAAGCUGUACAUUGCGCGAGCUGUGUGGUCUCUUUCUGGGAGCCAUGCCCAAUUUGCUACCACAGCCAUACGCGGGUUCACGAAUUGCCUUUCGGCUGGUUUACCCUGACAUCCAAGGCUCAAACAGGCCCGGCGCGCAAGGGCGUUACAUCACUAGAGACAUUGGAUCGGUCAUAAUUGGCGCACGUACGACGAACGAGGAUGGCGACAUGGGUGAUGGCGACGGAGCAACGAUCGCUGAUGCGCUAAAGCAAUUGAAUGGGGAUCCAGACAAGACUUUGAGCGAUGCCAAAUAUCUGAUCGGAGACUACGUGACAUGCGCAAUUCUCCCACCAUUGCCUGAUGGCAGCGUUCCAGCAGCUCCACCGCCCGUGUCUGCACCAGGAAGAGGCCCGCCUGGCGCGUACGGCGGACGUGGUGAUUUCGCUUUCGGACGUGGUGGUAGAGGAGGAAGAUACGACGACAGGAGACCAUACGACGAUAGGAGACCAAGUGGAGGUGUUCCAUCUGGUGAAUGGAGGCGGGGUGAAGCACCACCGGAGCGUGAGCCCGGCCACGGUAGAGGAAGAGGAGGCGGCGUUAGUGCUGGAGGACCGGACGGCAACUGGCAUGGGCGAGGAAGAGGAAGAUGGUGA